CUUCGGGGUUGGCUUUGAACAACCAGCGAAGUGGUUAUGCUGGCCAACUCAGUUCCCUGGCUUUCGUUUGCAUGAAUGGUCGUGCGUGUUCCUUAAAAGAGGAGUUUAAAAUGCUGCAACCACGUAUAACACGGAGGAUAAAACAUUUCGAGGAUAACUUCACCAAAUCACAAACCUACUGCAACAAUAAUAUGUACUGGAAGGAACGUAAGGAUGGACUUUUUUCUAUUUCUGAGACGUUUGUCAUUCGAUCAAAAGAUAAAAUAUUGAGCCUAACUUUGUUAGCCACGUUUUUCUUGUUUUUGGUACAAUUUGGAGCUGCCCAAACUGUUGAUGAACCUUACGUAGUGAAUCCAACACCAACAUUACCGGUAGUAGGCGCUGAUGAUGUUACUACUGUGCUCUUGGUGAAUAAUGGGGCUGGGAGAUUGGGGGAUAGUCAUGGACGGUUCUUGACAGUGCGUCCAGAGGUUGGACUGUUGACUUCAACAGCGCGAACAUUUAUUCAGGAUGGAAUUACAACAGAGUUCGCUACCCAGGUUGUGGGUACAACAUUACAUAAUGGUCGCAUCUAUGCCCAGUAUUUAAAAAAAAGUUCAAGGGUUCUCUAUGAGAACGACCGUGUCGUUCCUUCUGUUGUUACAAGUUGGGUGGGUGGUGGUGGUGAUUAUUUACAAACCCGUUCGUUUCUGCAGAAUCACAACGAUCUAUUUAAUGCUGAAGCCCCUGACUGGCAGGAUAUUGACGAUAAUAUAGGUGUUCAUCGAGGAGAAUUUGUGGGGAACACAGACUUUGUGAACCUACAAAAUACAAAAGGCAUAGCGUUGGAGACAAUAAAGACCGCCUCGUAUCUAGACAAUAUCUUUACCUCUUCUUUGAAAUCGAUACAUAUGUCUAGCAAUGCAGCUAUAUUGCAAUCUGAUCUAAAAGCUGAGAACAGAGAAAAAACCUUUUCUAACCAGCAUGUUUUGUCUGGAGGAUAUUUGCCAACCAUCACAGUUAAAAAUUAUUUCGAACAGAGUAAACAGAGUUUCCAGCAAAUUUCGGGAAUCAAGCCAACUGAUAGAGAUUCAUCUGAGAUUAUUGCAGAUAGUGUGGACGAUGGGCGGACUCCGAAAUCUUACUUUCAACAAAAACAACAUAGUGGACCAAUGAUAGAGCAAAGAACCUCUAUUUCGAAAGCUCCAGCUCUUUCAGCAAAAAAACGAAUUUUGGCGACAGUAACCUACUACGGCUUUGCAGAUUUCACAACGAUUGUAGGUGAUAGCGUGAUUGUUUUUUCUCCUAGCACUAUUCAAAGCAGUCAAAACUAUGGCCACGUUACGUCUAUUAAAGGAAAGCCUACUUUAAGAACCGAGUCUUCAAAUGUUUCCGGUUCAAUUAUUUCCGAAAAAAUGCCAAUUUUAUCCACUACUAUUAAUCAAUGGAACUUUGACCAAGACACAAGAACCAGAUCAGCUUCAUCAAAUUUAGUUGAUGAGACGAGCAAUUCAAAUCAGUUUUCCACUCCAGAAAUAAACAUAGCACCAAAUCUGAAUUACGGUAUCAACGUUACGUCAGUUCAGGCUUUGUCAAGUCAAUCUAAAACAACAGAAACAAUUAAUAUGGCUUCUGGCCUACUGUCUACUGGCGAUCGAUUGGAAUCAAUAGUCGAUAAUGAGAACACAUCACACAGCACAGCCAUAGUACACAGCGAUGAUACAAUUUUAAAUGUAUCAAGCGUUCAAGUACAUGGAGGUGCCACAACCGUUUAUAUUGAUGACGAUCCUUUUGCCAACUUUGUAGAUCCUACGGGAGUAUCCCAUUCUAUUCCGUUAUCAACAGAUCAACUCGAUUACGAAACAGUUACUGAAGGCAGUGACAACUCUGAAGGCACAGACGUAUCAACUGUGCCAAUUGAAGAAGACCAAGAAGAUAGUCUAACAACCACGGUAGCAACUGAAAACUUAACCGAAGAUUUGUCUGAUAGUCCCCUUACUGAACCCUUACCAUCCCUGCCCAUAGAUGAUAAUAACAAAAAUGUCACAGAAACAUGUGAUCACACAACAUCUCAAGUGUUCCUAACACAAUUACCAAAGUCAUUGGGAUCUCUGCCUCUAAAUACUGGGAAAGAAGAUCCAUCAAGUCCAUCAAGCGAUGAAAACCCACUCUCGGCAUAUGAUAUUGUUCAGACCACUAAAUACUAUUGCAUACAGGCGACACAGGUGCAGCAGCUCGAAAAGCCCGAAAUGGAACUAGUGAGCGUAGUAAGUGAAGAUGCAACAACAGAGGUACAGAAAGAAUUAACAGAGAUAUCGAAUAAGAUAGAGGAAUCCACAGUUCACGAGUCGGAGGACUUUGAUGUAACGACUGAUAAUGAAUAUGACAGUGAAGAUGAUGAUUACGAUACUGAUAAUGGUUCUAAUGAGGUUGACCUAAUUUAUAAGACUCUGUACACAACCUAUACAUACCUAACGACCUUCUUUCAAGGCACUUCUACUACGGUAUCAAGCCAUACGGAGAUUGUCACCAAUCUUAUUUCCUCUACGGCUCGUACUGAAGUAGAUCAGAUAACAAAACCAACAGAUGCUAUCGCUUCGAUUGGAGAGAUUGGAUUGGAUACUGCAAGUAUAUCGUCACAAUCGGAAAUUAAAGUUUCAGUUUUGCCUUCCAAGUAUACAAUUCCGCAAGAGAUUGUCAGUCUGUUGCAGCCAGAAAGGGAACAACGGGAAGAAAUAAGUGUAGUUGUUGAUGAACGUAUGAGUACCAAACAGCAAACUGAAUAUCUUAAUGACUCUAAGUAUACUAACACAUUGUUUACUACUUACACUUACUAUACGUCGAUAUUCGCCGAUAAUGACACAGAUGUAAUGUCGCGUACUGAGGUUGUAACAAAUUAUAUAACUACAAAUUCGUUAAAUAAUUACUUUACCGAUACUCCAACUUACAUAGACACUCAAAACACUACCCACUUGCAGACGUCAAAUCUGGUUAAAUUUAAAUCAUCAGAGCAUCGCGUCGAACAGGAAGAACAUGUGACCUUAGUCAUGGAUGUGCGGUCAAGUAAUGGUAAUGGAAACCAGCAAGUCAUUUUAAACCAAAAAGAUCCCGUGGACGACCAAGUGAGCUCGGAAAGUAAUACCGAUGAGAUAAUACCAUCAGCUACUCUGCUUCUUCAAACAAGCUUUACGACGUUUACCUUCUACACAACUAUGUACAUCGGCGAUGAAACAAACGUUAUCAGUCGCCUCGAGACAGUUACUAACGUUGCAACUGAAACGCUUAAGCCCACAAAAAUGUUAAGCGUAGAGGAAGCAACCUUCCCUGUUACCUAUUUUACUACAUUUACCUAUUGGACUAAGUUAGCUAAGGAUGGUGAGAUUACUACACUAAGCAGAGAAGAAACAUUAUCUAAUAUAAUUGAACCGACAAAUCACGGGUCAAUUCAUGAAGACGAAACACUACGGACGGCAGGCAAUUCUUAUAGCUCCCUAGAUCCAAGCGAUGAAGAUAUCCAGCAACGUCGUAUAACAGAUACAGAAAGUAUUGUAACUUCCGGUAUGACUGAUCAGAGCUUACGAUCUGACUUUACCACUUAUUACACAACAUAUACGUACUAUACCACAUCAUAUGAAGUAAAUGAGACUGUUACAAACUCUCGUUUCGAAACCGUGACUAAUGUGGUUACACCGACGGAUGUUAGCACAUUGAUGUCAGAUACUAUAUUGAAAACUCCAGCGAUGACUCAGCCAAGCGAGCUCUUUACGGGAAGUCUAAAUUAUAUAAUAGCCAGUCCAUCUGAUUUGGUCUUGUUUGACUAUAAACACAUUGUUGAUGCGGAUGAAGUAAGUACAUUGUACUUUACAACAGAAGUGGCAUCAACGCUUAACAGCGAGGGAAUUGAAAUAGAAAUCACAAGUAGUACAUCGAGUUUGCAUGUUGACGAAAUGAAAAAGUCUAGUUUAGCUAUGACGAUAUUAAAUGAUGAAAGCCUAUCUAGCUCUAGGUCUUUCAAAACUGGCCUGGUACGUCUAAUUGAAGGUACGCGAAUCGGAAACGGUACAACUACUUUAUACCAGUCUAAGGUUAUUGGAACUGUAAUAGACAAUCGAUACGCGCAGAUUAUUGAAAGUACGUCUAGUUUUCUCUUUGAGAAAACAACUGAAGAUACUGCGCUAUUGCCGACAGUUAUGCUAACACAAACGGCUAAUUUGAAUGUCCCUGCGGACCCUAGUAUCGAGCAUGAAGACGAUCAAAAUACAACAGGAGCUACCAAUGAUGGAAAUUACUCAACAGCUUUGGACCCAUUUGAAACAUCAACGCGCACAUUUGCCCCCGUGAUAAGACCAUUUGCUUCACGGAAUAGGCCUACUUUCGCGCCAAAACAAAAAACGUUAAGUCCAAGUAGUGCUACUAUUAUAACAAGGUCAGAUAUAACACCAACCAUUACGGCAACUCCUGCCCUAAAAACAUCUGGCAGAUAUAGCUCAAGACGAGGUGUUAUUUCAAACGCACCAAUAAAUCAAAAUGAAUUGGGAUUCCCUCAGUCGUCGAGACGAACUUUUGGCCGCCCGAUAAAGUCAUCGAGUAGUUCUGUAUUAAGCGAACUUGGUGGCAGUCCCCAGUCCAAUGUUGCAUUCGUACCCCCUAGAAAUCGAUUUGCAUCUUCUUCACGUACUACACAAAUUGUAACUAGCAGAAAACAAAACAUAAACUCUUCGUAUCGCCCAUCUAAUAGCCCAGGUUUUCGUGCUUCUGGAAUACUUGGUGGAAGUUCCAAAUUUCGCGUAAAGCCAACUAUAUCGGGAUCACCAACAAGUGAGCGGACGACAACGAAAACAUUCUCAAAAGAAUUGAGUUCAGAUAUCAGUGUUGAAGAUGAAAAUUCCACUGACGAAAUGGUACAGAUUGGUGACGAAGAAGAAAGCACAAGACGCAAUCAGAACCCAUUGCUGCGACUCCGUCGACCUAUUAAUAGGCCAAGCGGAUUUACACCGAUCCCACGUCCGAGUGUUAACAGCUCUUCUGCCAUUUCACUUCGAAGAAAUCCUUUGUCAGCCCGGGCAAAGACAACAUCUACAACCACUACCACUACAACGACUGCUAAGCCCCGCACUCGCAGCUUUCAGAGACCAACAAUUUCUAGCCUUCAGGCACGCUCUAGGCCACAAAACAGCCUCUUUCCACCACGAGGGCUUUUUCAGACACAGCAAAGAGAUGAACCUCAAAAAGAAACGAAGAAAAACGAAAAUGAGUCCGAAAAUGAUUCUGAAUACGAUGAUGACGAUGAUGCCGAUGAUGAUGGGGAAGAUGACGCAUUAGACGAAGUAAAUCGUAGUAGACGGUCGAAUUCUAAAUCGCAAAAGAGUAAAACUCUCUCCCGGGUGCGACGGCAAGCAGAUGCUCUUAAUAGGAGCCGGUUUCGAUUUCGGCGACCAAACUUGUCAACGAUGUCUUCACUAGAAGAGCCAAGCACUUCGAAUAGUGACGAUAUAAAUGAAACCACAGCCAGUUCCCGCGGUAAAAAAAGUUCUCGAUUCGGAUCAAGGUUUCCAUCGCCACGUGGCCAACAGGCGCAUAGUCAGAAAGCUCAGCCCAGUUCCACCGCUGCAAAUCAUCGAACUGUUCGUCCAACAAGGCCAACUACGCCGCGCACCCAGUUUACACUAAGAGAGAAAGAUGCAACAUUAAAUGGAGCUAAGCGUUCAGGUACAUCAUCAAAUUUUCGACGUCAACCAUCAACCGGAAGUCCUUCUAUAAGACGCACUAUAGGUGCUGGAACUAGCACCAGUCGUAGACUGAAGAGCUACAGUGGUCAUAACAGCAACAAUAAUGCUGACAGCGGGCGCUUAGUAGGUACGUCUCGAUCAAGAAAUGGAAACUCAAAUGGGUUGAAUAGGGGAAGAGGAUCUGUGCGUGGCCGAAACAGAAAUGAAUAUGCUCCAGAUUUGCAGUCAAUUGAGCUGGUUAGUCAAACUAUCACGGUUACUCAUCUUAUACCAGCCGAGGUCACGGUGCCUGUUAUAAAUGGCCAAAUAACAGAAUAUAAGAAUAUAGUGACUGCGAAGACCAGCACCGAGGUGCUGGGACCAAAUCAAUACACGGAGACUUUGGGAACAAACGGCCAAACGUCGACAUAUCUUACGCGAGAAGAAUCGAGUAUUAACAAUGCAGGUGCUACAGAGCUGACUAGAUAUCUGUUGCAUGAUUCUCUAACAACAACAGUAACUUUUACACCGACCACCAUCCGCGGUCGAAAGACAUCCUUCUCCCACAUUCUUCCGUCUACUGUGUACUCUGUAGAGCAUCUUAUAUCCACAGUACAACCUCAAAUAUCUGCUAACGCUCCGCUCGCCAAUAUACUGCUCUCCCAGUUGCUCUUGGGCAAUCUUAAUUUGCCGGCCAAUCCCUUAAUUGGUGCGCUUGGACAGCAACAGAGUGUGAUAUCAGCCAUAGUUUCCACCUCUGUUGAGCCUGUGACCGAGUACCGCACUCACACCUCCACAUAUGUAACUACCAUCUUCGAUGGAAAGUCUACCAUACUCCCACUGACAUUUCAAGGGAAAAAGAUUCUGACUACUGUCUACGAUACUACCGCACAAACAAUAACAGCUACGGAAUACAGUGUAGAUACUAUAGUGAACACCCCUAUAAUUCCUCAAAAUGUACAAUCAAUUGGACCUGUAGCGCAGGUAAACAGUUUGUUGUUGCAGCAGUUGCUUCUUCAGCAACAGCAGGAGCCAUUUUCGUUGCCUCAGGGCUUAUCCCAUACUCAAUCCCCACAAUUGUUUUUGAGUGAGAACCUUCAGGAUUUGGACGAUGCUGGCCGGACAGCAACACAAGUGGAUGCACUGGGUGUCAUUGACGAUGAGUUAUUGCCGAUCCACAGUGAAAUGCAGAGCACGAAUCGCAAUCCCAAUCGAAAGAAGUCCCGAAAGGCGAGUAAGGGACACAAACGAAGCAAGCAACAGAAAUUGGAUAUUCCGCUAGAGGACACUAGCGUAGUGACAUUAUACGUAUCGGGCCGUAGGCCCGGAGAAUUUAGCACAGUAUUGUCAACCGUGCAGAAUGGGUACGAUCAUUCGGCUGCCCUGCAAAAGAGACAAGCACAUUCACAAAUACGACAAACGGUUGCUUUGGGAGAGACGCAAGACAAUGAUAUGUAUGACGCCGAAGAGAGUGAAAAUGUCAUACUUUUUGUAUCACCCAAACAAGAUCACCCACAGCUCGAUAAAAAUACGCUCGACACAUUGUUGGAUGUAUAUCAUGGUGUUGGCUCAACAGAAGUUUUUGGUGAUGAUAUAAGGGGUCGAACUGCAUCAUUAGAGAGCAUUGUGGGUGAUGUAGACCUUUGGUACUCGAAAUCCUCCAGCCAAUCAAUGAUUCUGUCCUCGACAACAGAUUCCAUUGCGAUUGAUAACAGUAGUACGUUUAAUUUUUUAGCCUAAAAGACCUCACUGAGCUAUCCCCGCUACAGUCGCAGGUCACAAACCUAUAUUCUGUCAUAGUUUAUCCUCAGAAACUCACUUCCAUUUCCUUAAUAGGAAAUCAAAGAUCACGACGUGGAGCUCAUACCAACUUUUCUAUCACUGAUUCUGGUACAUCUAAAAAUAUAACAAAUCGCUUCUUGCGAAAGGUACUUGUUCGCCGGAAACCAUUGGAAGAAUUGCAAUCACUAGUCAAUAAAACAACAAAUGCAAAAGGCAGUCCUCUUCCACAGUCGCAUUCAUCCCAGACUAUUUACCCAAAGAAUUUUCGUGUUGUAAUAUUGAAACGUAGACUACCAGAUACCCUAAAAUUUGCAUUAGAAAAAACAGGCACAUUCCAGAUCGCUCUAGGUGAUGUUUCACUGACUCCCGUUAGGCAGGGAAAAUCCCAGAAAAAAAUCAUGCCUAGCAAACACAUAGAGGAUAAAUCACCGAGAAAUCAAGAGGAAAAUCAUGGCCAGGUCCAGCCAAUUAUAUUAACUCAUUCAGAAAGAAGCAACCCCAAGACCGUGUAUGACCUAUCGACCCUUACCACAAUUAGAACGGAAGUGCUUACACGCACCUUCACAUACGUCGUUGAUCGCGUACAAAACAACCAACACGAAGUACAGACGCACUCUACCUUUAUCCGAGUCACUACCAAAACUUUCGAUAUCACACUGACUAUCUCAUCCAGCCGAACUACUAAUGUUUCAGUUAUGCCCACAGAAAUGGUAGACAGCCUCUACACCUAACAUUGAAUGCCUACAUACUCGUAUAUAAGAAAAUGUACAUACACUUAUUCAUUUUUAUUUGGUUAUUUUUGUAAAUUUUGUGUCUAGACUUAUGAUUAAAAUGAAAUAAAUAAAAAAAACGGAGUCUAAUGCUAAGGAAAAAUACAAUUACUAAACUUCCCAGAAUCAAUAUCAUUUACACAGGUUUUUUGCUUGUGUCCAUAGUAAAAGUAAAAGAGCUGAGGAUGUGCCUUAUAUUUUCUGUCUCGGCGUUUGCUUUGCUGUUUCUCUAUAUUGAAACGUUUUUUUCUGUCUCCAGUUCUGGAGUCAAUGACAGGGAAACAAAAUAAAAAAUUACCACAUUCGAAGAUUGAUACAUUUUAAUAUUUUAUAUAAAUUGAUGAAAUAAACCAUAUCUUUAUGAGGGAAGGUAGUUUUUGCCAAUUAUCACACACUUAUUGUAUAUCGUAUGGAAAUAUAAUUUAAAUAAAUAUAAAUUCGUAUACAAAUAUAUAUGUAAAUUACAUAGUUUUAA